AUGCGGUACAUUUACUCCGAGGAACGGCUGCCCAUCCCCGAGAAUGUGAAGGUUCACAUUCGCUCGCGCAUUGUGACCGUUGAGGGACCCCGAGGCAAGCUCGUCAAGGACCUCUCCCACAUCGCUGUUACCUUCGGCCGCCCCGAGAAGAAUGUCAUCUCCAUUGAGAUGCACCACGGUGUCCGCAAGGGAAUCGCUUCCCUUCGUACCGUCCGUACCCUCAUCAACAACCUGAUCAUCGGUGUUACCAAGGGCUUCAAGUACAAGAUGCGCUACGUCUACGCUCACUUUCCCAUCAACGUGAACAUUGAGAAGAACUCCGAGACCGGCCUCUACGACGUCGAGAUCAGAAACUUCUUGGGUGAGAAGUACGUCCGCCGUGUGACCGCCCAGCCUGGCGUUGAGGUCAUUACCUCCCCCAACGUCAAGGACGAGCUCCAGCUCUCCGGUAACUCCCUGGAGGGUGUCUCCCAGAGUGCUGCCGACAUCCAGCAGAUCUGCAGAGUCCGCAACAAGGAUAUCCGUAAGUUCCUUGACGGUCUGUACGUGUCGGAGCGGGGUAACAUUGUCGAGGAGUAAACGGUGGUUGUCCGCCCUGGUGGGUAGUGAAGGAUGUCUGGAGAAUCUCUUUUUCGCCUACUUGCAUAGGGAAGCAACGCGGAAUUUAAAACCAAAAUCAUGGAAUUCAAAUGCCCCUUUACGUGUCCACGGGUCGGGAUGGCUCUGUUCCUCCACCGGGGAGAGAGUGGUGUGUAGACAAAGAAAGAAAAGGUCGGAUUUUUUUUUUCUCUUGUGGCGAACAAUUCAAUAUCCGCUUGUCGUUCUUCCACUGCUUCGUCGGAGGUGUAGUGUAGGGAUCCGUUCGUGUUCAUGUUCGCGGAGGUAUUGCGGGGAACCACCGUUGCGAUCAUGUCAUCCAUCAUCCAUCAUCCAUCAUCCAUCAUCCAUCCAUCCUCCAGCCUAUUCAUCGUCUCUCCCGACUCACCCAUGCAUUGUCCAUCGGUUCCUUCUUGCCCCCCCUCAAUCCCCCACACCCGAUUUUUCUU